AUGUUCAAGAUUAUCUGUCUGCUGGUCAUCGUCGCCCUGGCUUCGGUAUCUGCCGAACCUAAACCAGGAGUGCUGGCCUAUAGUGCCCCGCUGGUAGCAGCUCCGGCUGCCGCCGUUUAUGAGCGCACAUACCACGGAAACAUCGCUCCUUUAGCUGCCGCCUACGCUGCGGCGCCCUACGUUGCGUCGCCCUAUGUUGCUGCUCCAUUGGCGUACUCGGCUCCCUAUGUGGCGGCUGCACCAGCACCAGUUUUCCUGAAGUAA